GUAGAAAUCAACAUGGCGUGGCAGCCAGAAAAAAGCGGACUGCAGCAAAUAUUACAACUUUUGCGUGAGUCCCAGUCCCCAGAUACAGCCAUUCAAAGAGUAGUACAGCAAAAACUAGAAGAACUGAACAAAUAUCCUGACUUCAACAAUUACUUAAUAUUUGUGUUGACAAAGCUUGAUACAGAAGAUGAACCAACAAGGUCAUUGAGUGGUCUUAUUCUCAAAAACAAUGUUCGAGUGCAUUUUGAUAAAUUUCCCCCUGAAGUGACAAACUUUAUCAAAUCGGAAUGUCUAACAUAUAUAGGGGAUCCAUCACCCCUUAUCCGUGCCACAAUAGGUAUUCUCAUAACAACUAUCGCAUCAAAGGGUGGAUUAGCGCAGUGGAUGGAUCUCUUGCCCAGUUUGUGCCAAUGUCUCGACUCUGACAACUAUAAUGUAUGCGAGGGAGCCUUUGGUGCCCUUCAGAAGAUAUGUGAGGACUGUGCGGAGAGUCUAGACACAGAUGCCUUGAAUAGACCCCUUAACAUACUCAUACCAAAGUUCCUCCAAUUCUUCAAACACACUAGCCCAAAAAUAAGAUCUCAUGCCAUAGCCUGUGUCAACCAGUUUAUUAUAAGCCGCACACAAGCUCUUAUGCUCCACAUAGAUGGCUUUAUCGAGAGUCUGUUUUUCCUGGCCACUGAUGAAGAUCCGGAAGUGCGGAAGAAUGUCGCCAGGGCUCUCGUUAUGUUGGUGGAAGUACGCAUGGAUAGACUUAUGCCACACAUUGAUAAUAUCAUUGAUUAUAUGCUUCAGCGAACCCAAGAUCCUGACGAUGGUGUAGCCCUAGAGGCCUGUGAGUUCUGGUUAGCCCUAGCUGAACAGCCAAUAUGUAAAGAGGCCUUAGCACCACAUAUCAACAGACUGGUACCUGUGCUUGUAAGAGGAAUGAAGUAUUCUGAGAUAGACAUUAUACUGCUGAAGGGUGAUGUGGAGGAAGAUGAUAUGAUACCUGAUAGGGAGACAGACAUUAAGCCACGUUUCCAUAAAGCAAAGGCGCAUACACAGAAACAUCAAGAGGAGGAGCAGGUCAAUGGGCAAAAUCAGGAAGACUAUUCUGAUGAUGAAGAUGAAGAUGAUGACACUCUAUCAGACUGGAACUUAAGAAAAUGUUCAGCUGCUGGAUUAGAUGUCCUUGCCAAUGUCUUUCAUGAUGACAUUCUGCCAUUCAUUUUGCCCAUAUUGAAAGAGACUUUAUUCUCCAAUGAUUGGGAGAUCAAGGAAUCUGGCAUCUUGGUUUUGGGGGCUAUUGCUGAAGGUUGUAUGAAUGGCAUGGUGCAGCACUUAGCAGAGCUUGUACCGUACCUUAUCACAUGUCUCUCAGACAAGAAGGCCCUGGUCAGGUCUAUCACAUGCUGGACCCUCAGUCGCUAUGCACACUGGGUCGUCAUGCAGCCACAUGAGUCCUUUCUCAAACCAUUGAUGACUGAGUUACUGAAGCGUGUGUUGGAUGCAAACAAGAGAGUCCAGGAAGCAGCAUGCUCAGCAUUCGCUACAUUAGAGGAAGAGGCCUGCACUGAACUAGUCCCCUAUUUAGGAUUCAUUCUAGAGACUCUAGUCUAUGCCUUUGGCAAAUACCAGCAUAAGAAUCUGUUAAUAUUAUAUGAUGCCAUUGGGACAUUAGCUGAUUCUGUAGGGCAUCAUCUAAACAAGGAGGAGUACAUCAACAUGCUGAUGCCACCACUUAUACAGAAAUGGAAUGUUUUGAAAGAUGAAGAUAAAGAUCUGUUCCCAUUGUUGGAGUGUCUGUCCAGUGUGGCCACCGCCCUACAAUCUGGCUUCUUACCAUACUGUGAACCUGUCUUCAAACGUUGUCUCUCCCUUGUUGAGCAGACACUUCAGCAGAGCCUUAACAACAUGACAACGCCAGACCAGUAUGACCCUCCAGACAAGGACUUCAUGAUUGUUGCCCUGGAUCUGCUCAGUGGUCUGGCUGAGGGACUGGAACAACACAUUGAGGCUUUGGUUGCCAGCAGUAACAUUCUCAAUCUGCUUUACCAAUGCAUGCAGGAUCCUAUGGCUGAAGUCCGGCAAAGUUCAUUUGCUCUGUUAGGUGACCUCACAAAAGCCUGUUUCCAGCAUGUCAAGCCGUUCAUCCCAGAUUUCAUGCCUAUAUUAGGGCAGAAUUUGAACCCCGAGUUUAUCUCAGUUUGCAACAAUGCCACGUGGUCCAUUGGAGAGAUAGCCAUACAGAUGGGAGAAGAUAUGGGUCCACACGUGACAGCUGUCUUAAAUCAACUGAUAGAAAUCAUCAACAGACCAAACACACCAAAAACUCUCCUAGAAAACACAGCCAUUACAAUUGGUCGGCUUGGUUUAGUGUGUCCCCAGGAGGUGGCGCCACUGUUGCAGCAGUUCAUACGUCAGUGGUGUACGUCCCUCCGCAACAUUCGGGACAACGAUGAGAAGGACUCUGCGUUCCGCGGCAUCUGUCUGAUGAUUGGAGUGAAUCCUGGUGGAAUCGUACAAGAUUUCAUUUUCUUUUGUGAUGCUGUUGCAUCCUGGGUAAACCCGAAGCCUGAUUUGAAAGAAAUGUUUUACAAGAUUCUUCAUGGCUUUAAGAACCAAGCUGGCCACGCACUAUGGAGUCUGAACCUGGGUGGGAGGCUGGGGACCAAGGGUUAUGCUGUCACCUGGGAGGGAGGCUCACAUCGCCUACCUGGGAGGGGGGCUCAUAUUGCCUACCUGGGAGGGGGGCUCAUAUUGCCUACCUGGGAGGGAGGCUCAUAUUGCCUACCUGGGAGGGAGGCUCAUAUUGCCUACCUGGGAGGGAGGCUCAUAUUGCCUACCUGGGAGGGGGGCUAA